AUGAAGAUAGAUACCAUUGGUACUUGUAUAUUGGUAUACCUGUUAACAUGUGUCCGUUUCAAUGUUCUUGUAAAAGUAAAUGCAGUUGCCAGUCAGCCAGCUACCACAUCUCCAAUUUACAGUCCACAACGACCUAAAAAAGACGGUGUUGAUUUAAACCUAAAGUCAGACACUAAGUCCGGUAAAAACUUUGAGUAUAAAAAGGAAGGUAAUUAUGUCACUUAUACUUCCAAGGGUGACAAGGCCUUCAAACUUGUUAAGGACGAUAGUACCGAAAUUUGGAAAUCAAGCCAAGACAGUGAUUACUCGGUUAAAGUUGAAUUAGAUCUUUUGAAUAACGAAGCCAAAGCUGUUACUAUUCACCUACCAGGAAACAAGACUAAGGUGUUUAAAAAAGAUGGUUUGGACCAACACUGGAAAGAAAUAGACAUUAGCAAAUUCAAUUUUGAGUCAUUCUACAUUGAUUAUGAACAUGAAAGUUACAUUAGUAAAAAUAAAUUAGAAAAUAACGUUAGAACAUUUACCUCUAAAAAGGGAUUCGCUUUUAAUGGUGCCGUUGAAUAUAUUGAUGGUAACAGAGUUGAUAUAUGGAAAGCUAAAAACGAUAAUGACUACGCCAAUAAAAUUGAAGUAGAUUACAUGAAUAACGACUCUAAAGCAGUUACUCUUUACUUUCCUGGAAACAAGACUAAAUUGUAUAUGAAACAUAAUAAGAACGAUCAAUGGACUGAAGUUGAUAUCACUAAUGUAAUUCAUAAGACAGUGAGUAUCAAGGACGAUAAAGAAACCUACUUUUAUUCCAACAAGUUCCGAGACUCCACUAGAACUUUUGAGGCUAAAACCGGAUUUGCUUUUAAUAAAGUUAAAGAUGGUGAUACUAAUAUCUGGACCACUACAGACGAUUCUGAAUUUGCCAAUAAAGUGAUAUAUGAUAAACGUUACGAUGACAAACUUGAUGUUACAAUUAAUUUGAACAAUGGAAUGCGGAAGUUGUACAUUAAAAAAAAAUCCAAUGAACCUUGGGAAGAAAUAAAUUUAACCAAAGUAAAUCCUAAGUUCGUAAACAUUGAUUACGAUCAUGAAACAUACUCUUACAAACAUGAAUUAGAUAAAAAUAUUAGGACUUUUACCGCUAAGAAUUGUUUUGCUUUUGAGGGAGUCAUUGAAUAUAUUGAAGAUAACAGAGUUGAUAUUUGGAAAGCUAAAAACGAUAGUGAGUACGCCAAUAAAAUUGAAGUUGAUCUUAUGAAUAAAGACUCUAAAGCAACUAAGUUGUUCAAGAAAGAUGGUAAGAAAAAUCCCUGGACUGAAAUUGAUACAACCGAAUUAAAUCGAAUGACAUUGAAUAUCCAGCAUCAAAAUCACAGUUACUUCUAUACUAAUUUGUUUCAUAAUUAUGUUAGAACAUUUGAAGCCCGAAAAGGAUUUGUAUUUAAUUUUGUUAAAGACGGCAAUACUGAUCUAUGGACCACUAGUAACGAGAACGAAUAUGCUAAGAAAGUUGUGACAGAUGAAGAUAACAAAGUCACCAUCUACAUAGGUGAUGAUGGAAUUGUAAAGGUAUUUAAUAAGAAUGAUAACGGUAAGUGGUCAGAAGAGCAUUUAGGUGAUAGUCAGUCAGUAAAAAAAGCUUUCGAAACACAAUCUAGUUCAUCAGUUCCUAAGACUUCUGCUUCAAUAACUGGUGUUGAUUUAAACCUAAAGUCAGACACUAAGUCCGGUAAAAACUUUGAGUAUAAAAAGGAAGGUAAUUAUGUCACUUAUACUUCCAAGGGUGACAAGGCUUUCAAACUUGUUAAGGACGAUAGUACCGAAAUUUGGAAAUCAAGCCAAGACAGUGAUUACUCGGUUAAAGUUGAAGUAGAUUACAUUAAUAACGACUCUAAAGCAGUUACUCUUUACUUUCAUGGAAACAAGACUAAGUUGUUUAUGAAACAUUCUAAAAACGAUCCAUGGACCGAAAUUGAUAUCACCAAAGUAAAUACUAAGUCAAUAAACAUCGAUUAUCCUCAUGAUAGUUACUUUUUCACUAAUAAUGAAUCUAAGAACGUCAGAACAUUUAUACCUAAGAGCGGAUUUAUCUUUAAUUGUGCACUCGAAUAUCUCAAUGAACAUAAGAUCGAAAUAUGGACCACUAAUGACGAAAAUGAAUACGCUAAGAAAGUAGAAUAUGCUAAACGUAAUUCCGGUAUCGCUGAUUUAACAAUUUAUAAGGUUAAUGGAAAAAAACAAUUAUUUAUAAAAGAAUAUGCCACAUAUUCUUGGAAACAAGUUGAUAUUACCAAAGUAAAUCCCAAGUCAAUUGACAUCGAUCAUGAUCAUGAAUGUUAUUUCUACAAAAAUGAACUAACAGGUAACUUUAGAACAUUUACUUCUAAGACGGGAUUUGCCUUUAACUGUGCCAAUGAAUAUGUCGAUGGUAAUAUGAUUGAAGUUUGGAAAACGGAUAAAGAGAAUGACUACGCCAAUAAAAUUGAAGUUGAUCUUAUGAAUAAAAACACCAAAGUCGUUACUAUAUAUAUGCCUGAAAAUAAAACUAAGUUGUUCAAGAAAGAUGGUAAGAAAAAUCCCUGGACUGAAAUUGAUACAACCGAAUUAAAUCGAAUGACAUUGAAUAUCCAGCAUCAAAAUCACAGUUACUUCUAUACUAAUUUGUUUCAUAAUUAUGUUAGAACAUUUGAAGCCCGAAAAGGAUUUGUAUUUAAUUUUGUUAAAGACGGCAAUACUGAUCUAUGGACCACUAGUAACGAGAACGAAUAUGCUAAGAAAGUUGUUUCAGCAAAACGUUCCUAUGGUAUUUUUGACUUAACAAUACAUAUGAUUAAUGGAAAAAAUAAGUUAUUUAUAAAAGAAAAAGACAAUGAUCCGUGGAAAGAAAUAGAUUUAACCGUAAUUAAUCCCAAAUCAAUGAAUAUUAAGUAUCCAUAUCAUAGUUACUUUUAUACUAACAUUUUGGACGAUGAAGUUAGAACAUUUGAAGCACGAAACGGAUUUGCCUUUAACGUUGUCAAUGAGUAUAUUGGUAACAACAGGGUUGAAAUUUGGUCCACUAGUAACGAGAACGAAUAUGCUAAGAAAGUUGUGACAGAUGAAGAUAACAAAGUCACCAUCUACAUAGGUGAUGAUGGAAUUGUAAAGGUAUUUAAUAAGAAUGAUAACGGUAAGUGGUCAGAAGAGCAUUUAGGUGAUAGUCAGUCAGUAAAAAAAGCUUUCGAAACACAAUCUAGUUCAUCAGUUCCUAAGACUUCUGCUUCAAUAACUGGUGUUGAUUUAAACCUAAAGUCUGAUACUCAGUCUACUGAUAAGUUUGAGUUUACAAAGGAAGGUAAUUUUGUCAUUUAUACUAAUAAGGGAGACACCGCUUUCAAACUUGUUAAGGACGAUAGUACCGAAAUUUGGAAAACUGAUAAAACUACUGAUUAUUCAUGUAGAGUUGAAGUAGAUGUUAUGAAAAAUGACGCAAAAGCUGUUACUAUAUACAUGCCUAAUGAUAAAACUAAGUUGUUUAAAAAAGAUGGUAUGAACCAACCCUGGAAAGAAAUAGACAUUUCUAAAGUAACUCCUAAAUCAGUGAAUAUCGAUUAUGAACACGAAAGUCACUUCUAUAGUAACAAGUCCGACAACAAUAUUAGAACAUUUACAGCUAAAAGGGGAUUUGCUUUUAACUGUGCCAAUGAAUAUGUCGAUGGUAAUAUGAUUGAAGUUUGGAAAACGGAUAAAGAGAAUGAAUUCGCCAAUAAAAUUGAUGUCAAUAUUAUGAAAAAUGAAGACAAAACAGUUUCUGUUUAUAUUGAUAAUAAUAAAACAAAAGUAUUUAAGAAAGAUCGUAAUACCAAUGAUUGGAAAGAAAUUGAUAUCACUAAAGUAAAUCCUAUCGCAGUGGAUAUAGAUUAUGAUCAAGAAAGUCUUUAUUACAAAAAUAACUUAAAUAAUAAUCUUAGGACUUUUACCGCUAAGACUUAUAACAGAGUUGAUAUUUGGAAAGCUAAAAACGAUAAUGACUACGCCAAUAAAAUUGAAGUAGAUUACAUUAAUAACGACUCUAAAGCAGUUACUCUUUACUUUCAUGGAAACAAGACUAAGUUGUUUAUGAAACAUAAUAAGAACGAUCAAUGGACUGAAGUUGAUUUAAACAAUGUAACUCCAAAGUCAGUCAACAUUGAUUAUGAACACGAAACUCACUGUUACAAAAAUAAAUUACAUGGGUUUUGUAGAACAUUUACUCCUAAGACAGGGUUUGCUUUCAAUGUUGUUAAUGAGUAUAUUAAUAACAACAGUAUAGAAAUUUGGUCCACUACUAACGAGUCUGAAUAUGGCAAGAAAGUAGAAGUUGAUAUUAUGAAAAAUGGUGCAAAAGCUGUUACUAUAUAUAUGCCUGAUGAUAAAACUAAGUUGUUUAAGAAAGAUGGUAUGAACCAAUCAUGGAACGAGAUUGACACUACCAAAGUAAAUCCUAUGUCAGUAAAUAUCCAACAUUCAAGUGAUACGUAUUUCUAUACAAAUAUGUUUCAUAACGAUAUUAGAACAUUUACUUCUAAGACGGGAUUUGCUUUCAAUCUUGUUAACGAGUAUAUUAAUAACAACAAUGUCGAAAUUUGGACCACUAACCAAGAGUCUGAAUAUUCUAAUAAAGUUGUUUCAGCAAAACGUUCCUAUGGUAUCCUUGAUUUAUCAAUACAUAUGAAUAAUGGAAAAAAGAAGUUAUUUAUAAAAGAGAGUGAAGAUCAAGGUUGGAAAGAGAUAGAUAUUACCAAAGUUAACCCUAGGUCAAUGAAUAUAAAUGAUAGAUAUCAUAGUUACUUUUAUACUAACAGGUUUGACAACGGCGUCAGAACAUUUAUUUCUAAAACAGCAUUUGCCUUUAAUGUUGUUAAAGAUGGCGAUAAUAAUAUAUGGUCCACUAGCAACGAGAACGAAUACUCUAAAAAGGUAGUAACAAAGGAUGAUAAAGUAACUAUUUACACAGGGGAAGAUAUCAAUGCUAAAACAAAGGUAUUUGUUAAGGAAGAUAACGGUAAUUGGACAGAAGAUACAACAGCAGCCACUACGGUACCAUAUCAAGGUUCUUCAUUUGCACAAGUUAAACUGUUCAAGUCUAAUCCAUCAGAUCCAUCUAAUCCUUCAGAAUUAGAUGCUAAUGAUUUUAGUUCUUCUACAAGUGGAAGUAUAGUCUCAUUCAAGAUCGCAGACGGUGUUAAUUGUGUUCAGUUAAUAUAUAACAAUGUUUUAUUGUGGCUCUACGACUCUUCACAAUAUGGAGGCAGAUACCCCAAGUUAUUAUACCAUAAUACAGAAACCGAUAUUUUAUUACUUAUGUUUGAAGGUUUAGAUAUGACUUUUGAAAAGAAUGAUCAAGGUCAGUGGUUAUUCACAGAAUCAGGUCCUUUAACCGUUAGAUUCUAUGUAAUCGAUCCUAACGAUAACACCAAGACUGUCGAACUCCCUAGUACUCACUAUACAACUACUGACAGUGGUGAUAUUACUACAUUCAAUAUCGCAGACAAUGUUGAUACUAUCGCAUUAACGUAUGGUCAAGUUUUAUUAUGGCAGCAUGACCCUGAACUCCAUGGUGACAUCUAUCCCAAAUCAUUAUAUUGUAUUAAAAGUACAGAGACUAUCGUGCUUCAAUUUGUGGGUUUAGAUAUUUCAUUUGCAAAGAAUGAUCAAGAUCAGUGGGUGUACACUGAGAUUGAUACAUCUGCCGAUGGAUCAGCUACUACCCAACCAAGGGUAAAAUUAUUAAAGUCUAAUCCAUCAGAUCCAUCCAAUCCUUCAGAACUAGGUGCUAAUGAUUUUAGUUCGUCAACAAGUGGAAGCGUGGUGUCAUAUCAUAUCGCAGACGGUGUUAAUUGUGUUCAGUUAAUAUUUGACGAUGUUUUAUUGUGGGCCUAUGACUCUUCACAAUAUGGAGGUAGAUACCCCAAGUCAUUAUACCAUAAUACAGAAACCGAUAUUUUAUUACUUAGGUUUGAAAGUAUAGAUCUAACAUUCGUAAAGAAUGAUCAAGGUCAGUGGUUAUUCACAGAAUCUGGACCACUAGCCGUCAAGUUCCACAUAGUUGAUCCUAACGAUAACACCAAGACUGUCGAACUCCCUAGUACUCACUAUACAACUACUGACAGUGGUGAUAUUACUACAUUCAAUAUCGCAGACAAUGUUGAUACUAUCGCAUUAACGUAUGGUCAAGUUUUAUUAUGGCAGCAUGAUGCCAAUAAACACAGUGGUAUGCAUCCUAAGUCAUUAGUUUUUACUAAAAGUGCAGAGACCAUGGUACUUCAAUUUGAGAGUUUAGAUAUCUCAUUCGCAAAAAAUGAUCAAGGUCAAUGGGAGUACACAGAGCAUACAUCAGACAGUGAAGCAGCUACUACACAACCUGAAUCAGGUGGCUCUACAGAACCUGUUGAAGGUGUUUCUACUACACCAACACCUGAAUCUAGUGGAGAAGGUACUCCCGCUACACCACCAGCUCAAACUGGAUCAUCCACUACACAGCCAAGAGUCAGGUUAUUAAAGUCUAAUCCAUCAGAUCCAUCCAAUCCUUCAGAACUAGGUGCUAAUGAUUUUAGUUCGUCAACAAGUGGAAGCGUGGUGUCAUAUCAUAUCGCAGACGGUGUUAAUUGUGUUCAGUUAAUAUUUGACGAUGUUUUAUUGUGGGCCUAUGACUCUUCACAAUAUGGAGGUAGAUACCCCAAGUCAUUAUACCAUAAUACAGAAACCGAUAUUUUAUUACUUAGGUUUGAAAGUAUAGAUCUAACAUUCGUAAAGAAUGAUCAAGGUCAGUGGUUAUUCACAGAAUCUGGACCACUAGCCGUCAAGUUCCACAUAGUUGAUCCUAACGAUAACACCAAGACUGUCGAACUCCCUAGUACUCACUAUACAACUACUGACAGUGGUGAUAUUACUACAUUCAAUAUCGCAGACAAUGUUGAUACUAUCGCAUUAACGUAUGGUCAAGUUUUAUUAUGGCAGCAUGAUGCCAAUAAACACAGUGGUAUGCAUCCUAAGUCAUUAGUUUUUACUAAAAGUGCAGAGACCAUGGUACUUCAAUUUGAGAGUUUAGAUAUCUCAUUCGCAAAAAAUGAUCAAGGUCAAUGGGAGUAUACAGAGACUAUUGUAUCCGGCCAAUGA